ACUGCAAGCUAGCCGGAAGAUAUUAGAUGCUUGUACAAUCUAGUUGCCGCUCAACAUUAGGUUACGAAAGAGCUCUCAAAGGUUUAAAUAUAAAAGUCACAUAACAGAGAAUAAAAUAAUGCCCGACAAUAGCAACAAAUUCAAUAACAAUAUACAGUUUGAUAUUCCUAAAUGGAUAAAUGCAAAAUAUUUCGAGAAAGUAUUGCUCCGGGAAGAUUCAAAUUUCCACAAAAUAUUGAAAUUGACGCCUAUACCGGCUACACCGCCGGGUGAAAAUUACACAUCGCUCAUGAUGCGCAUUUUAAUGGACAUUGAACUAAAAGACGGUUACACACAACAGAAGUCGUAUAUUGUUAAAACAAUGCUGGACGAUGACAAAGGCGGAACACUUAUCAAUUCACUGAAUCUCUUUCCAAAGGAAAAACUUAUGUAUGAACAAAUUCUUCCUCAGCUGGAACAAUUUUACCAUGAUCUCGGCAAAAAAAUUAAAUUCGCACCCAAGUGUCAAUGGAUCGAGCAAAAAUCCAGUCGCAUUACUAUCGUCCUGGAAGAUUUAAAUACAAAGAAAUUUCGAAACAUUAAUAGACUCAAAGGAUUCGAUAUGCCGCAUAUGAAGCGUGUUCUAGAGAAGUUAGCUGAGUUCCAUGCUGCCAGUGUUAUGUGGCAUGAAAAGUACGGUGCAUAUCCAGAUGACUUCCAAAAAAGCUAUCUACCCGCCAAUUAUGAAAAGUCGAAAUCUUAUCAAGCGCGUAUACAAAGCUACAAAGCAGCAAUGCGGACAUGGGGCUUAGAAGAUUAUGACAAAUAUAUGGAAUGUAUUCCAAAUGCUGAACAAUUUGUUAAUGCAGCAAUGGGCUGUUUCAACACAGAUCCCGCCGAGUUUAAGGUACUGAAUCAUGGAGAUUUUUGGUCUAGCAAUAUUAUGUUAAAUUACACCUCAAGUGGUGAGGUGAAUCAAAUACGUUUCGUAGACUUUCAACUAUGCAAAUGGGGCAGCCCGGCACAGGAUCUAUGGGAACUAAUAAUAUGCUCCGUUGAGAGCAACUUGCGCAUUUGUGAAUUUGACCACUUCAUACGAAUUUAUCAUACACAUCUGCUUAAAUGUUUAAGAGUAUUACAUUAUGUCAAACCACCGCCGAAACUCUCCGACCUACAUAUUAGCAUGCUGAAAUAUGGAUUUUGGGGGUAUAGUACAACAUUUACACAUCUGGUUUUGAUACUGAUGCCUUCAGAUAAGGAUGCCAGUUUACUAAAGCUUAUACAACCCGGGGACGAAGGCGACAAAUUCCGACACAAGGCUUAUACCAACCCGCUCUAUGUGCGUGCUAUGUUGGAUAUUUUACCAUUUUUGUAUAGACGUGGUAUUUUGGAUUUUUAAUAGAU